AUGGACCGCGCGCCGGGAACGACGGUCGAGGACGCGGUUGAACCUCUGAGCUUUUUCUGUUGGAACGCCGAUGGAUUGACGAGAAAGUUGAAACGCGACGACGGACGACCGUCGAGGGCGGCGAUGGCGCUCCGGGAGGCGAUCGCGAAGCGCGCGCCGGAUGUGAUCGCGCUGCAGGAGGUGUGGUUGAAGGCGGCGGGUGGAGGGAAGGAGGGAGCUGGGACGCGGGAUCACACGAAAAUGUCGGAUGAGGGUAAGGUGUACGCGGAGGAUAAGGCGGUGAUGGAGAAGAUGCUGGGAGGGUAUCCGUUUCGAGAGUACGACGCGCACUUUUGCCUGGCGGGGGCGAAGCGAUAUGGGACGUGCGUAUUGGUGAAGAAGGCGUUGAAAAAGCCGAUUCGCGUCGCGCGAACGUUGGCGUUGGACGGCACGGACGCGUCACCGGACGAUAUAGAUACGAACGAGGGACGGGUGUUGCUACUGGAGUACGAAAAGGUCAUCGUGUUGAACACGUACGUGCCGCACAACGGCGGGAACCCAGAGCGGUGGGAGAAGCGGGCGAUGUGGGACUUCCGAGUGAAGCGCUUCUUGACGCAUUACAAGGGUAAGAAGGACGUGAUUUGGCUCGGUGAUCUCAACUGCGCGCAUCGAGAUCUCGAUGUCGCACCGAGUCCGGAACAGUUUAUCGGCGUCGGCGGAUUCACUGUUCCAGAACGUCAACGUUUCACGGACAUUUUAUCCACGAGUGAUAUGGUCGACGCCUACCGAGCGCUACACGGGGACAGACAGACUUUUACGUGGAGAGGUAUUGGAAUGGGGUCGGGGUUGGCAAUGCGUCUGGAUUACUUCAUCGUGCCGAGAACGUUCGUUCAUCGACUCAAAUCGUGCGAAACGUCCACGGACCGCUUCGACGACGCGGUCGCUCGCGAGCGACCGAUAUCAUGUUUUUUUGGCUCAGACCACUGCGCUCUGUACCUCACUCUGCACAAACGCGAUGCGAGCGACGCCGAGAAACCAUCGGAGACGAAGGCGGUGAAAAAAGAUGAAGCCGACGAGGAGCGAGAACCAAAACGAGCGAAAGCAAACGAACCGAUCGAAGUCAUCACGCUCACGCCCUGA